CCGGAAGUUGCUGCGACACAGCACAGUUGAAGACUCGUCCUCAGCUCCACGAGUUCACAGUAUAUUUCUGCACGUACAGAGCCCGUGUUUAAUCGUACGACUGGAAGCUCUCCGACUGUAAACAGUCCAUCAAAAUUAGUCUGAGAGAAACUAGAAAUGGAGACAGUGGAGCCUUUUGGCGAGAACGCCACCAACACGACGGCCAGUCCGCCCGGCCUGCCGCCCAAGAACCCGGCACUGGUGACCGCCUUCAACGCCGUGAAUGUCGUUAUCCUGGUCAUGAUCAUGUUGGCCAUGGGCUGCACGCUGGAGCUGAGGACUCUCAUCAGGCUGGUCAGAAACCCCAGACAGAUUGACCCGCGGUUUUUCGUCGGCGUUGUGAUCGGAUUCUUCUCGCAAUUCCUGGCCAUGCCGCUGUGCGGGUUCGCCGUGGCGCACAUCAUGCAGUACUCCCCGAUGGUGGCAGUCGGCGCUCUUGUUUGCACCUGCUGUCCGGGCGGAACGGUUUCCAACCUCUUCACCUACUGGAACAAGGGCGAUGUGGCGCUCAGCGUGACGAUGACGUCCUGCUCCACGGUGCUGGCGAUGGGGAUGAUGCCGCUGAACCUGUGGAUCUACUCGCGCAGCUGGACGGACCAGUCCGCCGUCAUCCCGUACGAUCGCAUCGUCAUCGCCCUGGCCUCCAUCCUGGGCCCCGCGCUGGUCGGCAUGCUCAUCAAGCUGUGGUCAGAACGGGUCGCCAAUGUCGUCAUCAAGCUGGGAAGUGUUCUGGGCCUGUGUGGGAUCAUGGCCAGCAUCAUUCUGAGCGUGUUUAUCAACCCGGACAUGUUCAGCCGUCCCUGGCAGCUCUGGCUGGGAGCCGCCAUCCUGCCGUACAUAGGCUUCAGCAUUGGGUUCUGUUUGUCGUGCAUUCCGCUGUUCAAGAUGUCUCAGGCGCGCCGCCGGACCGUGGCGUUCGAGACGGGCCUGCAGAACGUCUCCAUCGCCUACGCCAUCAUCCAGCUCACCUUCACCUCGCCCGGAGGACAGGCGUUCCUGGGAGACUUCCUCAUCUUCUCCAUCCUCUACGGCCCCUUCAUGAUGAUCGACGGACUGAUCCUCACCGCCAUCUAUCGGACAUGGUUGGCACUGCAGAGUAGGAGGAACGCCCAAGCAGACGAUACCACGAAGGAGCGGGAGGACGAAAAUGAAGACCUUUGAUAGAGAAUUUUCUGUUUUUUUUUGUCGACAGGAACAAGUAGAUUCAAAGGUUAUAGUAAUUUUCAUUUUUGUAUUAAAAGUACUAGACUAAUCAGCAAACGUCAUGUAUACUCUCUAAUGCGUGUACAGUUUGUAUCCAAAUGCAGGGGAGGGCUUUCUGAUUGGUCCAAAGUUGGAAAUAAGAGAAGAUAUAGCAUUUUGGUCAACAGGAUCAUCCAAGC